AUGACUUUGCUCAAAAACAAUUUAUCCGAAAAUGAAAUUCUAGUGCAUUGUGAUUUCAGCGAAAAUCACAAUUUGAAAUAUACUGAAGAAACACAAUCUUUCCAUUUCGGAGAUUCUCGUCAGCAAAUAACUUUACAUACUGUAGUUGUUUAUUCUAAAUCGAACAACCAGCGCAAGACUGAAUGUUUCUGCACUUCAUCAGAAUCACUGAAACACGAUGUUCCUGCAAUUUGGGCACAUUUAUAUCCUGUCCUGGAUGAAAUAAUGAAUAGAAGUUAUAUUGAUACUUUACAUUUUCUGAGCGAUAGUCCAGCAACACAAUAUAGAAACAAAACAAUGUUUUCCUUUCUAUGUAAUAAUCUGAAACAUUUCUUUCCUGGAGUGAGAAAAUUCAGUUGGAACUACCAUGAAAGUGGCCAUGGAGGAGGUGCUCCCGAUGAAAUAGGAGGUGUUUGUAAACGUACUGCUGAUCGCAUUGGGAGUCAAGGACAAGACGUAUCCAACUUCAACACUCUUGUAGACAUUCUUCAGAAAAACUGUGCAGGAGUUAGAUUCUUUCAAAUUAGUGCUAAUGAAAUUGAAAACUUCACAAGUACCAUUGAUACAGGAAAUAAACUUCAGUUUCCUGGAACCAUAAAAAUCCACCAGGUAGUUGGUAGCAUCAACUCCAACAUUAUGUUUUUCGGAAGCUUGUCCCGUCUGGAUUGUUUAGAAAAUUGUCACCAUUAUAAUAUUGGAACACUCACUUACAAAAAGAGUCCCGAUGUUCUAUCUGAAAGUUCAGUUAAAAGUUUGAAAGAAGAACUGAUUAAAAAUGUGCAGUGUUCUAAGCAACACAAUCAGCGAUAUGAUGAUAUAUACAAUAGCAGCGAUGAUGAACCGUUGAGCUCAUUGGUACCAAAAUCAUGCUCAUCCAAACCAGCUUCAAUGAUACAAACUGGUUCCUUUGUUUUGGUGGAAAUCGAGAAUGAGAAGCGAAGAAUGAAUUCAGCGAUAAAAUACAAUUAUGUAGGGGUAUGUCAAACCGAAAUAGAAGAAGAUGGGGAAGUGAAGGUGCUUUUUCUCAAAAUUUGCGACCAACAUAAUCAGUUAUUCAAAAUGGAUGACAAUGACAUAUCUCAUGUCACAUCUGAACAAAUUUUAUCAGUAUUACCAGAACCAAAGCUUAUACUGAAAGGGGAUAGGGUAUACUAUUAA